UCCUGCUCCAAUGUCCAUGAGCUCCUCGAGAAUCCUCCGGCCAACUUUUGCGACCUUUGACUGCGAGGCAGAGCGCGCGAGCGAGGCGUGGCCCUGUCCGCAGACCUGUCACUCGUAACGGCGCCGAGCUGCUCACAGCCGGGUAAGACGAGAGCGUACGGAGGUGAGGAUGGCAAAGCUGGAGAAGUUUUCCGAGCCGCCGACGGAGCCUCAGAUCGCCGAGUCGGAGUCCGAUUCGGAGCAGGACGACGCGCCGACUCAGGCGGGACCGGCCGGUUCGGGCACGAGCGCGGAGACAGUGCGGCGCGCGCAGGUGAUCCACAGCGGACACUUCAUGGUCUCCUCACCGCACAGCGACCCAGAACCGCGCAGGAAGAGAAGUUAUUACGACUUCGACACGGUGAACAAGCCGCGCUGUCAGACCUACAGCUUCGGGCCGUUCAGCUCCGGGAGACUGAGCAUCGACCCAACACUCACACGCCUGUUCGAGUGCAUGACACUGGCCUAUAGCGGGAAGAUUGUGUCUCCUAAGUGGAAAUCUUUCAAAGGUCUGAGGCUGCUGUGGAGGGAUAAAAUCCGUCUGAAUAAUGGCAUCUGGAGAGCCUGGUUCAUUCAGUAUGUGGAAAAAAGAAAAAAUCCAGUGUGUGGGUUCAUCACUCCGUUGGAGGGGUCUGAGGCAGAUGCUCAUCGCAAUCCUGAGGCAAUUGUGCUGGAGGGCAGUUACUGGAAGCGACGGAUAGAAGUGGUAAUAAAAGAGUAUCACAAAUGGAGGAUUUACUACAAGAAGAGGAAACAUAAAGAUCACGUGCCUGUUCUUCAGACGACACCCGUCUGCCAGUCUGGCUUGGAGAAAUGGUCCGAUCCGAUGUACCCAUUGCCAGAACCGUCUACGGAGGAGGUGCAUAUGUUUGACUUGGACUGCUUUCUGUCAGAUAUCUCAGACACUCUCUUCACCAUGACCCAGAAGCCAAACCCUUGGAAUGAGGAACGCCAGAACACCUACACCAGCAACGCUGAUAUGAUCCAGCCUGGUUUGACUCCACUUCAGCCCAGCUUGGACGAUCUCAUGGACAUCCCUGACAUAUUUGCAAGCUACCGUGGCCAUCCUCUGGUACAGUCUGGUUACUCUGACUAUGAUUUAUUCGAGAGUUUGUCCAACUCACUUUUCCCCCCAACUCCAUCCACUGUGAUUAAUACACCACAGAUACACACAGGAUCUCAAAUUACACAGCCCAAUAUGACAGUUGAAAGCCUGCCCCAGCCCUCCUCAUCACCAAGCUUAACCUGCUCGGGCUAUCCACACCGACCUUUGACCUCUGAGAUGUCCUUUGAUACCAGCAGAACGACCCCCAAUCCCAAGUUCAAGAGUCAUUUAGAGUACAGCGAGUUCCAUCACUCCCCAGCCGUCCUCCACGGCAUGGACUCAUACCCACAGUCCUACAGUGGCCCAAACAUUGGAGUCGGACCGUCAACCAUAUCUUCUGCCCCUGUGCCUCAGGAGAACCCCUACAUCUACUCAAGCAGUUGCCUGAAAUACAGACAUGCUUCAGGGAGCCAAUCAGGGAGCAGCGUCGUUACCACACCCACUGUCAUUACACAUACAGGAUCCAUGAAUGUCAUAGCACAAGAUCCACAAGAGGGCCACAGCUAUGCCAUGCUAGAAAUGCUGGACUACCAGCAGUCUUCUGUGGCUUCACCUUUGCCUAGCCAAAGCCACCGCUUCUCUGUGCCACAGCAGGUAGCCGUGGGCAGAGGGAAGCACAAGCAAAAAAUGGGUGGGUCUAGAGGGUUUUCCAUGGCGACAGCUGCGAAUGCUUCUGUAGCUCCACCCACACAGACUAGCUGCCUGGCUAAGCUCUUAUCCACCAGCUCUCAAGAACGAAAGCCGGCAGUAGGUUUCGAUCCUCCCUUUGUUGGGCUGAAAUCCCAUAGACCAACUUCUCCCAUCUUAGCACAGUCCACCAGCAGUAUGUCUGUGACCCAAAGAAGUUCACAAGUAUCCCAGCAUCCCCCUUGGCCCCCUGCUGAAGUGCCGCUGCAGUGCCAGAUGCCCAUGAUGGUACAUUCCAACAUCUCUCACAGCUCUAGCAUCUCAUCCCUUCUCAUCCCCAAGACUGAGAAACUCUCCCCUGUCCAAAUCCACGCACCAGAGAGGACAAGUCUAACAGUAAGUUUUUCAGGAAAUUUUGGCCCGACGUCCCCAACGAUCUCGCCAGAGAAAACAUCUGAAUCAUCACACACCUUAUCUGGAAUAACCAAGACAGAACCCAAUAGGACGGACACGAGGCGAAUCACUCAUAUAUCCGCUGAGCAGAAGAGGAGGUUUAACAUCAAACUGGGUUUUGACACUUUACACAGUCUGGUGACGACACUUAGCUCUCAGCCUAGCAUUAAGAUCAGUAAGGCCACUACGCUACAGAAGACCGCCGAGUACAUCAGUAAGAUGCAGCAGGAGAGAUCGCAGCUUCACGAAGAGGCACAGAGACUCCGAGACGAGAUUCUAGCACUCAACUCUGCCAUCAACGUGUGUCAGCAGCAGCUCCCCGCCACCGGCGUCCCCAUCACUCGCCAGCGCUUCGAUCACAUGAGAGAAAGGUUUAGAGAGUAUGUCCGUGCCCAGACCCUCCAGAACUGGAAAUUCUGGAUUUUUAGUGUGAUUAUGGAACCUCUUUUUGAGUCCUAUAACGUCAUGGUGUCUACAGCUAGUUUGGAGGAGAUGUGUCGCACCACGCUCAGCUGGCUGGACCAGCACUGCUCACUGCCUGCUCUCAGACCCACUGUUCUGAGUUCCCUCCGCUUGCUCAGCACCACCACAUCCAUCUUGACAGACCCAAGUCUGGUUCCUGAACAGGCCACUCAGGCAGUCACUCAGAGACACCUGUCUCACAGCUACAACCAAUGACAGUGCUCUCUCUCUCUCUCUCUCUCUCUCUCUCUCUCUCUCUCUCUUGCUCAGCCAAUCAUGACCCAUGUCACACGUCGCUCACAAAGCUACAACCAAUGACAGUUGAUAAUAUCAACAUUUUACAACAACAAUGGUUAUUAAAUGCCUUUAACAUACACAUACAGCCUCCAUAAAGAUUUACCCUCACUGGUUACUUUAUUAUGAAUACCUUUAAACCUGAGCGUUCAUGGAAGUAUCCAAUCAGCCAAUCAAAGCCAAAGCCAGCAAACGCAUAAUAUCAUAUAUAUACUGUAUAAGUCAAAAGAUAGCAAGAGAGUGCAGGAUUGAGUAGUUCAGAAACAGACAAUCUUUUGUGAUAUAUCUUUUUUAUACACACCAGUCUCUAGAGUUUACACUGAAUGGUGCGAAAACCGAAAAACAUCCAGCGAGCGGCAGUUAAGCCUUUCUUUGUCACAUAUGCACUGCUGCAAAGUGAAAUUAUUGAUACUACACAGCAAUGAUUUGGUGCUCCUGGAGCAAACCGAGUUGAGGGGCCUUGCUCAAGGGCCCAACAGUGGCAGCUUGGUGAAGCGGGGGCUUGAAAUGCCAACCUCCUUAUCAGUAACCCAGAGCCUUAACCAGCUGAGCUACCACUGCCCCCAGUAUUGCUGACACAAACACUGUGAUGAAUAUCCUACAGUAUAGUUUAGCAACUAUAGACUUGGUUGGUUUUACAUUCUGAAGUUUGACAUGUAUUCAUCAAUAACUAAUACAUCAUUUAGAAUCAUUCAAAGCAGAUUUAAAACUGCAAUAACACCACAUGUAUUUUCCAGGGUUUAUCAUUUACAGUUUGCCUUUUGUUAUGAGUCUAUUAGAACAUAGAGCUGACCAUAUUUACCUAAAGCAACAUAGCCUGAUGUAUGAGGUUUGCUUACAGCCAAAAUGAAUCAAGACAUCUUCACGCCUUUGAUUUUCACGUCCUAUCACUUGCUGUUAUCUUAGUUAAAAUAGACAAUGGCACCAUAUUCCUGAAAACUUUAAGAACCCAGAAGCAUUGAUUUUUAUACACACACACAAAUCUGUUUUGUAAAAUUAUAUGUCUACCAAAUUUAAGGCACAGUUACUAUAGCUAUGUCGCCUCGCACCUCCAGGGUCGAGGGUUUGAUUCCCGCGUCGGAGUUUGCAAGUUCUCCUGGUGCUUAGUGGGUUUUCCCCCAAGGUUCUCCGGUUUCCAAAGACAUGCAGAUUAGGCUCAUUAGUGUUUCCAAAUUGCCUGUAAUGUGUGAAUGAGCGUGAGAAUGUGUGUAUGCUCUGCGGAUGAUUGGGACCCUGUCCAGGGUGUACCCCGCCACAUGCCUGGGAUAGGCUGCAGCCCCCCGCGACAGGAUAAAGCAUAGACGAUAAAUGAGAGUAAGAGUGAGUGAGUUACCAUACCUUAAAUCAAAAUUUUAUAUCAAACAUGUCUUGACUGAUGAUGUCUUGAUUAAUUUGCUGCCUUUUCAAUAGGUCUGUGUACAUUUUCAUUUCUUUAUCAGCUAGUUCUUUAAAAAAAGACAAAGUGUACAUCCCUUUGGCGCAGGUAAUCUUUAGGGCUAGUUAUUAGAGACGUCUUCAGGACUCAUUAAAACCCUAAAAAUAACAUCCCAGAUUACUUCAGAACUAGUUACCUAAAUUUGCAUGCUGAAAUCAUCUCAGAUUGAAGAAUAAAUAUGUCUUAAGGAUUCUGGAGGUUUGAAGGCCUCCUACAGACGACUUGAGGUAAAACAACCUUGCAAAGACAAUUUUAGGUACUUUUAAAGAUGCUAAGACUUUAUUAAAGUACAUCAUCAACAACAAAGGCUUUUAACUGGUUAGUGAUUAUUAAAACAUAAGCUUCUCAUAGAUUGAGUGGCGUUCUCUUCAUUUAGCUGCAGUUGAUUAAUUUGUCUGCUGGUUUUGCCUUUAUUUCCUGUUUCCUCUCUGCAGGUUAUCCCAUCAAUCAUUUGGGAUGAGAAAGAAUAUUUUUAUUCAUGUUCAGUUUUUUAAGAGGAACUAAAGUUUCGUGCCUUGUUAUGUUUGUUACAAUUGUAUUUAACCAAGCUUUUAUGGUCUCAGGUUAUUAAUGUGCUUCAAAUGUUCUUUAAAAUAAACCACCGUUUGCCUUUA